UACGCUCUGGGCCCGACGGGCAUUUAUUGAGCGCCCACAGAAUGCCCGCGCUGCACUGGGUGCCGCCACCUCGGCUAGCGCGCGGGGAAGCCCCGUCUCCAAGGGUCCGGUCUUACGCACGCCUGCAGCCGCCCGGGCCCGGGUCUGAGCGCCGGAUGGCGUGGGUGCUGCGGGGAGAGGGGCGCGCGGCGGGCCGGUAGAGGGCGCGGCGGGCCGGACCGGGCGGGGUCGGGAGGAGCGGGGACCCGACCCAGCGGCGCACAUUCUCCGCGGUCCGCAGAUGGCGGCGUCGGGCGCGGGGCCCGGGCCGGGGCCGCCAUCGGGGUUGGAGGCGGCCCUGCAGAAGCUGGCGCUGCGGCGGAAGAAGGUGCUGAGCGCCGAGGAGAUGGAGCUGUUCGAGCUGGCGCAGGCGGCGGGUGGCGCCAUGGACCCCGACGUGUUCAAGAUCCUGGUGGACUUGCUGAAGCUAAACGUGGCGCCCCUCGCAGUCUUCCAGAUGCUCAAGUCCAUGUGCGCCGGGCACAGGCUGGCGAGCGAGCCCCAGGACCCCGCGGCGGCGCCCCUGCCCACGCCCAGCGUGCCUGAGACCCGAGGGAGAAACAAAGGCAGCGGUGCCCUUGGCGGAGGACCGACGCUGCCAGAACGCGGCGUCCGGGAAGGAUCCAGCCAGAGGAUGCCCCGCCAGCCCAGCGCCACCAGGCUGCCCAAGGGGGGCGGGCCGGGGAAGAGCCCCACGCGGAGCAACACCUGAGCAAGAGGAUUUGCACGGGCCCGCCGCGGGCCGCCAGCCUCUCAGACAGGCUGCUCCUCCCGUCGGUAAUAAACCUCUUUGAAAACCUGA